CUCGCAUCUUCGCCGGACCGAGGAUCCAACCAGGGACACGUCGGCGCAACCCCGUGCACUAUACCAACGCGACCUUUCUGCCUUACGACUCCACCAUGGCCGGCAUCAAGACCAUCAUAGGCCUGUCCUUUGUCCUGGCCAUAGGCUUUCUCCUUGUCAUUCUCUCCGCCGCGCUCUUCAAGAACUACCUCACGCUUCUCGUUGUCGCAACCUACGUGAUCGCGCCCCUACCCAACUGGCUCUGUGGACGAGCAGCGAACCGCGAUGACUUUAUGGAGAGCACCGGCAACGGCGUCGUCGACUUUGGAAGGUUCCUGACGGGCUUCUUUGUCGUCAUGGGUAUUGCCCUUCCAACACUGCUGUGGCAUUCGGCAGAAAUCGCGGGCGGCGCGGCGGCCAUGUCCAUCUUUGGCGGUCUGUUGAUAUACGCAACCAUCAUCAGCUUUACGCUCUUCUUCCAGGAGCAAGAAGACUUCUGA